AUGGCUCUGCGCAAGUAUUCUUCGUGGCAGCCGCAGCGAGAGCCCUGGAAAGAUCCUGUGAUAGAGCGACGUGAGUUGCAAGAAACAUUUCCGGUGCAGUACUGGACCGACCAAAGGAGAACAAAGCUCGAAAGUACCGAGUAUGAUCAAGUAUACAAUGACUACUUCAUCGAUAGGGAGAGAGCAAUCAUAUUCAAGAACAAUGAGCAGAUAUUUGCUCCUAUCCCUAGUGGUUGGCUCAGUAAUGAGAGUAUGGUUCCGGAGAAAGACAUCAUGUUAUAUCGCGGCCGUGUUUUUGCGUUCGUUUUGAGAACGCGUACUUUCGCUCCACUUUGGCUCUGGGGCCUCCAACCGAUCAAAGCAAAAACUGAAGGCCUCGAUAACCUCCAGCUUAAAGACAACACAUUCACGGAUACAUUACAAGCUUUGGUCAAAACUCACUUCAUGCAAAGACAAACUCAGCAUUUGCCAGAUUUUGAGUAUGAUAUUGUUCGAGGCAAAGGUAAAGGCCUCGUAAUUCUGCUUCACGGAGCGCCUGGACUUGGGAAGACCUUUACGGCAGGCAUCGUGGCGGCAGCAAAUGGAAAGCCACUCCUUCAAAUCACCUGUGGUGAUCUCGGAUUGAAGCCGAAUGAGGUUGAUGCAGCUCUCAAGGAGACCUUUCAUUACGCACAACAUUGGAAAUGUGUUCUUCUCCUCGACGAAUGCGACAUAUUCCUCACACAGCGGAGCAAGACCGAUGUGAAACGAAAUGCCCUCGUUUCCAUCUUCCUGAGAGUCCUAGAAUUCUACACUGGCGUAUUGUUUCUCACGACGAAUCGAGUGAGAGCCCUAGACGAAGCAAUUAAAUCGCGAAUCACCUGGAUCUCGUACUACCCGCCGUUGAAUUGGACUCAAACAAGAGAGAUCUGGAGGACUAACAUCAAGCGUGUGGAGAAAGGCAACAAGAAUCUUGACCUUGACAAGAACGGUAUCAUGAAAUACGCCAAGCAACAUUUCAAGAUUAGCAUGGCGGAAAACGCAGUCUGGAACGGGCGGCGGAUCCAGAAUGCCUUCAAAGUUGCAUUGGCUCUGGCUAAUUGGGAAGCGUACAGCAAGGAGGAACAACUUCAAACAGAACAGCUGACCCCAGUGGACGACGACCAUCACCCUCGCUCUAUAUUGUCGGCAACACAUCUUAAGGCAUAUGCUACAGGAACUCGGGCUUUCGAUGGCUACCUGCAGACAGCCACCGGAUUUGCUGACGCAGAUCGUGCAUUCCAUGCAAUGGAAAGAGCCGAUGAUUAUGAGCCUGAAGAAAAUAUCCCUCUAGCCUCACCUGGAGGAGAUGGGAAUCAAUUCCCUUCAUUCCUCUCCUCGCCACAUGAAGACCUGAGAAGAGCCUCGUCGAUGAGCCUGGUUCCACCUGUUGAACAGGUCACGCUCGUGCCCCCAGUCCAAAUUUAA